UUAUUUCUGUGUAUGUAAAAGGAAAAGCUUCAUAUCUAAAAUAACUUUAUCUAAAUAUACACAAUUGUUUGAGGGCAACAAAAGGGAGAAAAAUACAACCGUAAAAGGGCCAAGGACAGAGGGAUGGGCAAAUGAAGGAAAGGCAGAGACGGUGAAAAGAGCUGGGGGAGAAAAUUCUGUGGAGGAGGUUAGGAAAGGGGUGGAGCCGGCACUCUUGCCUUAAAAGCUGAGUAAUAGCCCAAGGGAUAUAUAAAAGACUUGUUGAGCCAAGUAGGGAAAGCAGCCAAAAGCCGGGGACAGGCACACAGGUCCAGGUCUGUAGGCCACAGCAGCUGCAGACCCGAGAGGCAGCAACGCCCAGACCUCCAGGAGCGACCAGGGCCAGGAUGCCUCGCCUGCUCUUGUUCCACCUGCUAGGAGUCUGUUUACUCCUGAACCAAAUUUUCAGACCAGUCGCGGCCAACGAGAAGGACGACGUUAUUAAAGUAUGCGGCCGAGAGUUAGUUCGCGCGCAGAUCGACGCUUGCGGCACGAGCACCGUGGGCAAAAGGGUUCUGAGCCGACAAGAUGCUACUCCGCAACCUAAACUAGUGACAGAAAUUGUGCCAUCCUUCAACAGCAAAGAUACAGAAACCAUAAAUAUGAUGUCGGAAUUAAUUGCUAAUUUGCCACAGGAGCUGAAGGCAGCCCCAUCUGGGAGGCAGUCAUUGUUACCAGAGCUACAACAACGUGUACCCAUAUUAAAGGAUUCAGAUCUUAGCUCUGAAGAAUUUAAGAAAAUUAUUCACAAUAGACAAAGUGAAGCCGCAGAUAGCAGUCCUUCAGAACUAAAAUACUUAGGCUUGCAUGCUCAUUCUCGAAGAAAGAGACAAUUCUCCCUGGCACUGUAUGACCAAUGUUGCCUAAUUGGUUGUACCAAAAGAGCUCUUGCUGUAUUUUGCUGAGUUGAAGCUAAUUGUGCACAUCUCAUCUAAUAUUCACACAUAUUCUUGAUGACAUUUUCACUGAUGCUUCUGUCAGGUCCCAUUAAUUAUUUAAAUUUAAGAAAUCUUUAUUAAUGUUUUGAUUUUUCAUUUGAUGUGUAAGAAAAGACUUCGUAUGAUUGUACUUUUUAUAAAUGACACUUUUUAUGCUGAAAAGUUUUUUGUCUUUUUAUUAACAGAAUGAUUAUGUUGUGUUAUUCUUUUUAAUGCUGCUAACUUAAAAUUACAAUAAAACUUUUACCACUUU